CAUCCAAACGGCAGCAGAGUCAAAGGCCAACAAGCAUCAACGCGUCCACACAGCGAUAUGAACGGCAGCAUCUCUCAGAGAAAUAUGCUUCUAUCUUUCAUUCCUCUCUGGGGUCUACUCCUCAUCUUAAAUCUGGAGCCAUCCAGCACUUAUCCCAUCAGCACAGGCUUGACUGACACCGAUAUGGACAUCUUAAAGGUGCUGCUUCAAAGACUUGAAGAGUCGGUUUCUGAGCAAACCUCAAUGGAUCAAGGAACCCCUGAAGGGAACGGAGACGUUAACAGACUCAACACGGAGGAUGCGUCAAGCGAGCAGCAGCCGCGGACCAGCUUGGACGAGGCUGAAAUCAGAGAACUUCUUUCGGCGAAGAACCUGAAGAACGUCCGGAACGACUCCAGCAGGAGAUCCUCUAACUGCUUCGGUCGACGGAUGGACAGAAUAGGCUCCAUGAGCUCUCUGGGCUGCAACACGAUUGGCAGAUACAAUCCAAAGUAAAGAUGAAGUCUUACCGUCUAAUGCUACUCCAAAGUCUGUACCAAAACCUGUUUUCAUUUAAAUGCUAUUUAUUAACUAACAUUUACUGUCUAUUGUUGUUCCCUGUUGACAAUAUUUAAAUAAUAUUUAUUGAAAAUAGAUGCAAUACUGUUGAUUAUGUACUGUUGAAUGUUUAAUAAAUGUUUACAUCAG